AUGCAUUGCGUCAAAUGUCGAGCACCCCAACCGUUAAGGCCUCAUCGCGACGUGGUGACAACACAGGGUGUGGUGCGCGGAUAUUACUCCCCGCAGCCGUCACGGUUUGCCUUCCUCGGGGUGCCCUACGCCCUCCCGCCCACGCACCAAAACAGGUUUAAGGCGCCCAAGCCUCCUCCUCGGUGGGAUGGAGUCUUCGAAGCAACGCAUCGCGUUAAGUGCCCUCAGUUGGACAUCGGAGAUGAAAACUGUCUCGUUAUUAACAUAUUCACUCCAGAACGUGAGCUGUAUUCUUACAGAUGGGGAUUUCAUCAACCACCUAUAAACCUAAUUAAUAAAGGUAUCAUAAUAGUAACUUUUAACUACCGUAUUGGUGUACUCGGUUUCCUAUGCCUCGGAAUUCCAGCAGCUCCCGGAAAUGUAGGUUUGAAAGACCAGGUUGCUGCUCUUUACUGGAUCCAACAAAAUAUAAAGAGAUUUGGAGGUGAUCCUAAUGAUGUUACAUUGUAUGGAACUGAGGCUGGUUCAAUAUCAAUACAGUUACUUCUACAAGCACGUCUCAUGAUGGGAUUUCACAAAGUCAUCUUGGAAUCUGGGUCAAUUUUGUCUCCUACAGCUUUGACCUACAAUCCCAUAGCUGAUGCAUUUGCAAUCGGAGAACAAUUAGGAUAUAAUGACACAAAUAACUCACAUAAAUUGCUGAAAUACUUGCGGAAGCUUUCUGUAACAGUACUCUUGGAUGCACAUAAAAUUUCCCUGCCUUGUGUUGAGAGUGUAAAUAAUGCUGAAAGUCUAAUUGAUAAAGAUCCACUGCAACUACUGAAAGACGGACCAAUUGACAAUAUCCCAAUGCUUGUAUCAUAUACUAGAUUAAAAUUAAGACAUAAUUCAGAAAAAUUAAAAACAGUGCCAGAAGAUUUUGUUGAUUUACUUCCAAGCAACUUAGAAUUUACCAAUGAUGGAAUUAGAUAUAAGAUUUCAGAAUUAAUUAAAGAUUUUUACUUCUUUAAAGACAUUGACACUUCUAGCAGUUAUGAGAAUUAUUUAAAUGAUGUCUUAAUGGUGUACCCAACUGUUAAAUAUGCUGUUCUUUAUGCUACGAAAAAUUAUUUUAAUGUAUAUCUUAUGAACUUUAAUUAUGAGGCAGAUGCUGAUGUCUUGUCUGAACAAAAUAAGAAAUUAGUUGAUUUCAUUUUUGGGGAAAAUGACCUAAAUUACAAUAAGAACAAUGAAGCUAUACAAAAAUUAACAAAUUUAUUUAGCAAUUUUAUUAAAUUAGGAGACAGGGAAAUAAUCGCCUUAUCGUUGCUACCGCUGGCUACUCCCCAAAUCCUGAUAACGCAGGGGCCAGGCACCGACGACGCCUUUGACACGUCCUUAUGGAUCCAUCAGAUCCAAUAA